AUGCCAGUGUGUGUUCAUGAAGGUUGUAAAAAAACUUAUACUGAAGAAGAAAAUAAUGAUAAUGCAUGCCUUUACCAUCCUAAACCUCCAAUAUUUCACGAAGGUUUAAAAGGAUGGCAAUGUUGUGACCGAAGGGUAACAUCAUUUGAUGAAUUUCUUAUUAUUCCAGGAUGCACCAAAGGCACAGACUUGUCAAAAAAUGAUUUAAUUGAUAACAAUAAUAAGGAACCAAUGAGAGCUGAAGGAGAAGGAGAAGGAGUUGAAGUAUAUUCUGGACCAAAAAUUCCUUUUGUUCAAUCAAAAGAGGUAAAUGCCAAAAUUACAAACGCAACAAUACCAAGUAGUGAAAAAACCAAGCCACAACAAAUGAUAGUCGAAGAACCAGAAGAUGAUGAUCCAAAUAUUCCUGUUACUGUUGGUACUGUUUGUAAAAGAUCAGGUUGUGGUAAAAAAUACAUUGAUGAAAAAACAAGCCGUGGAGAAGGUCCAGAAGCAGAAUGUAUCUAUCAUCCUGGUACAGCAACUUUUCAUGAAGGAAGUAAAGGUUGGAGUUGUUGCACUCGUAAAGUUUUAGAAUUUGAAGAAUUUUUGAAAAUAAAAGGAUGUAAAAAAGGAAAACAUUUGUUUGUUGGAAAUACCAACAUAGAAGAACGUGUUAAUUGUCGAAAUGAUUGGUAUCAAACACCAACAAAUGUGAUAAUGUCUAUAUUUGCAAAAAAGAUUGAUAAACAAAAAUCUACUAUAAAUUUCCAAUCACAAGAGUUAAUUGUUGACUUGAGAUUCUCUGAUAGUAAAAUAUUCAAGGAAAUUUAUCCAUUAUAUGAAAAAAUAGAUCCUGAAAAAUCCAAAUUUGAAUAUUUAUCUACCAAGGUUGAAAUUAAAUUAAAGAAAGCAAAUGGAAUUUCUUGGCAAACAUUAAGAUCUGAUGAGAAUAGUUGUGGAGCUGUAACAACAUUCGGAGUUCAAGGCGGUAAUGCAACAGUUGGUGGAAAGGAGUAUACAAUUGCUGAAGAUUCACCUCUAUAUUCAGGAAAACAAAAAUAA